ACUUCCUCCUGAGUUUGGAGUUGAACAAUAAAUCAGCUUUGUGUAUCACACACAGACGUAACAGGAGGAGAUUCAUCACAUACAACAUGUUUCUUUGCUUUCUUGUUUUUUCCCUGUGUACAAGCACAGAGACAUCCCUGACUACUAAUUUACCCACAAAAACAUCCCACCCGAUGACCACGACAUCGACAGAAGAACCAAAAACAACAAUACCACUGGAUUGCCCGCAUCUUGUGGCCACACCAGACUACCCAGUUGCUGCAGGUCUAACAGUCGAGCUAAGCUGUCAAACAAUAAUCCCAUCACAAAACAUAAUCUGGUCCAGGUCCCUUCUUCAAAAUGAGAGCUGGGAAAAUGUGGGUUCAGGUAAGGUACUGCUCCUCACCGAGCCCAAACAAACGGGGACGUACAGGUGUGAAAUCCUCAAUAUUGGGAAGUGCGUGAGCCAAAAUCACGAUGUGUACAUCGUCUCCAUGUCAACAGCAGGAGAGAAGUUAGGAAAAGCAGCUUUUGCCUUUACUAUCGUGAUCUUGAUUGGCAUCACUGCCGGUCUGGGCUGGUUCUGUUGGGAAAGAUCUGGCAACAAACUAAGCACUUCGAACGCUCCAAAGAAAGAUGUCCCACCGCCACCUGAAGAGAUCCCAAAGAAUUUGCCACAGACGAGUGAUGCUGAUGUGGAUGUCUACAUGAACUAUACAAGCAGUACUCAACCCUACACUGACCUCAACCCUUCCAACCUUACAGGGGAAGAUUUUUACUCCUCUCUGUCAUAAAUGACGAUGUGAGUGGGUGGAGCCAAAUAAUUGUUUGGUUGCUGGUAAUGGUAAUCUCUGCAAUGCUGUCUGAACCUCCGUGCUUUAUGGUUUCAGUUAGAUUUAAUCUACUUUUAUGGUUUCAGUUAGAUUAAAUCUACUUGCAUCAUGCGAGAUUGACAUUUCAAAAAAAACAACAAAAUGUUUGCAAUGUCAAUGUGGUGAAAGCUUUCUGUGGUCUCUGUCCAAAUUGUCAAAAAUGUUCUAGUGAUUUUUGUCUUUAUCUUUAUUUUCUUUAUUUUUUUUUUUUAAGUUAUCUUCAAACUAACUUUCUUUGUUUGACUUGUUUAAGAAACAUCUGUAAUUUAACUCUAAAUAUUACAAAAUAGCACAUUACACAAAGAUUUUAAAUAAUAAAAAGAAAGUUUUAGGUUAAUGUUUUUGUAUGUUAGGUUUUUUUUAUGUUCCACUUUCUUUUGGGAUUUGGGCCAGAAAAUCACUACACAAACUUUUGAGUAGUACUAUUUCACAGACUUAAAUAGGGCUAAGUGGUGCCACAGUGUGUAGUAUUUAUAACUAGUACAACUCUGAAAAAAAAGUUGCUUCUUUCAGAUUUCUUCUGUUUUUGCUUCUUUUUUUCAACACUUACAUGUAAAAGUUUGUGUAAUUUUAAGAUGUCAGGUAAAAUAAUUUUCCUCUCAGGUAAGCGGUUUCCACAUGUUGAUUUCAUUUAUUAAAGGUCACCUCCUUGAACAACUUAAGACAGGCCUAACGGCCAUGCUAAACUUAUUUUGACAUGUUUUCAAUAAAAUCAUUCUCAGAUGA